AUGGUAUCCCGCCGCCGUCGGCCUCGCAGUUGUGAUCAGUGCCGGAAGGGCAAGCGUGCCUGCGAUGCCCCGUAUAUGAACUCCCCAAGGAACAGUUUGAAAACACUCGGUCCCUGUUCGAACUGCAAACGAUGGCGGAAGAGAUGUUCAUUCGACUGGCUGGCCGCACUAGACCCUGCUAUCUUGCCCAAUACUGCCUCGUCCUCUGCGCCAUUGGCACGCGAACAUGGGCAGUUGGACACAGCAGCUGGCGAACAGACGAUGGCCACAAGUCCUGGCCCGUCGUCGUCCUGGUCCCAACACAGCCUCAUUGUACCAUUAACCACCUGUGACAGCCUCCACUUACUAGUGUGCAAUGCAGUCUGGCCGAUGGCGCCUACACAUUCAAGUGGGCCGAGCGUCCAAGAAUCAACGCCGUCGGCGAUGCUCGGGGUACGCCCUGAAGCACCAGAAGAAGCCGGGAGUGUUGAUUCUAGGGUUCCGUCGUUGUCACCGCCACGAAGCGGAAGCACCAUGGACGUGUCACCCGGGGCCACUGCUGCACUUCGCGGGGAAGUUGUUGACAAUGUCCUUUUGGGUCAGAAAGUGGCAGAAGCCCAUAUGCGCUACACGGUGACGCAAGACCUUUUCCGCAUCUACCACGACAGCAUGGAGAACAACCUAGCCUGCUGGGUAACGGAGCAGACAUGUCCCUACAGUGUGUUCCGAAACGCCCCAGGGACAAACGCCAGGGAGCAUAUGCCGUCCGUGAAAUGGAGAGGUGGGAGUGCAAAGUGGGAGGAUCGUUUCUGCGCUCAAGCCUGUCUCCUCGACCGUGCAUACUCGCAUGUCCGAGAACGGAAACUUACCGCAAUCGAAGAAAAGAAUGUGUCUCAUGCCUUCCACAAGGCAAUCAUGGCGUUUGCCAUGCAAUGGGCCCGCCGUAAAACCGAUAGAGGUUUGAAGUCUCCAAAUAGCGGUAUCGCAAAGGCUACCGAGGACUGUUGGAAUGAAGCAUAUCGUUCUCUGCAGAUAUGCGCAGGUGUUGAGUCCAUCCGCGUCCUUUACGCAUGUCUGAUUUUUGGCUUGACAGCCCGUCCACGCCCCUGUCCUUCGGAUCAUGAGUUGCUCGACAUGGCUCGGAUGGAUGAGGAAAGCUCCCCAUUCGGGGUAUUCUCGUCGCAAGCACCGUCCCAGCGGAAACAUGCCGCCUCCAUCCCUUCUGUCCUCCAAGAGUUGCUGGAUGCUGACCAGGCAACUGAAUUCUUGGAGCAUGCCGCCCGCCAACUUCGCAUGAUCCGCAAUAAGUUGGAAGAAAGGAAGAUACACAGAGGCUCAUGUGCGGCCGAAAGUCAUGGUUUUGGAACCCACGAACUGGACACGUUCAAUCUCAUCUUCUGGAUGGGAGUAGUGUUUGAGACGGUUCAUUCUCCAGUAUUCAAACGGCCCAUCGUGAUCACCGAAGAGGACUGUGCGAUCCAUAUCCCCUCGAAUAGCUGUGCCUUUAAUGAUCCUUUACCUUCUUAUUCUUCUUCUGCUGCUGCUGCUGCUGCCGCUGACGAACUUCAACAAAAACUUCCACUAUGGGGCGACAUGCUACUGCAACAACGUGCAGCAGAUGUGGAUGCCCGGAAAAUCGAGCCGGGGUCCUUCUCCACAUUCGAGGACAUCGCAGAGAUCAUAUCCGAGGCCGCGACGAUCAAGACUCUGCUCUUUCGUCGCGUAUCCCAGCUUCAAGCGUCAAUCCGCGAAAUCGCACCCGCUGACAGAGUCGAAAGAUUUAUCCAGGAGACGCUGCGUGUGAUCGGGUUUUGGGACCGCAGCUAUGGCCAACAUAUGAAACAGUACAUGCAGCAGCAUGAUAGCUUGUUACCCCGCCUUCAAUCUUGGUACUGUCUGAUUCUAGGCCACUGGCAGCUCGGCGUCUUACUCUUCUGCGAAGCAGUCGAGGAGGCUGACCAAGGAGGGUUAAGCCCUCGCUGCAGACUCGAGCACCGGGAAACAAGCCAAUCUGUGACCCGACUGCGCAUGCGAACGGCCCUGGCUGCAUGCAAUCUGGCCAAAGCCUGUCUGCAUACGCAUAAGAAAGACCCAACAUCCGUGGAGCCAGCUUUGUUCCAUGACGUUUUCCAGCCAGCUGCGCUACUGUUCGAGCCAAGCACCACUCUCCUCGUCCGGCUCUUUACCAAGGCAGCAUUGCUCCUUAUUGACGAAAUUUCCGAAGAUGAAUGCGAGUAUAUGAUGCUAGAUCCGUCCAAGAGCCUCAUAAAGCAGCACGUGAAUCUGUGUAUUAAGGCGCUGGAAUGCGUGGGCGCGGUAACGAACGUAGCGGUUUUGAUGGCAUCGCAUGUUUCCCAGAAGCUAACCCAGGCAAUUUCCGGAGCUCGGUAG